AUGACUGCACGAUUAGGAGCCUCCCUGGCUCUGACACAGGCGCUCCAAGGCUUCUUCGUGCUGCCGCUCAGCUCCCUGAUAGGCUGUGCCCUCGUGAUUCGAGCCGUGGGCCAAGCAGUGCUCACCUUACUGUAUCUGGCAUCAGCUGCUGGACCAGUCCUUGCAAUGUCCUCGCUAGACUGUGUUUGCUGUGCAUGGACCAAGCUGUGCGCACUCUGGCUAAAGGCUCACAGACUGCGACAGUGUAGCUGCGGGACGGCUAUCGCAACCAGCUUGAUGGCUGAGGAUGCACCUGCUGAGGUAUGGUCCACAAGUGAUGCAGCCGAGGAUGCUUUCCCUGAAGAAACAGUGGACCCAAGAAAUCCUCGAGGCCCUCCGCCUCCUAUGCCGACGGCAGUGGCACGGCGACCUGCGGAAGGCGUACUGAUGGAUGAUGAGGGGGAGGCGUCGCGGUGGGAGAUCGAGCUCACGCCGGCUCUUCGCAUCUCACUGGCUGUGGGUGAGGCUUUGGCGGCUGCGGGCAGAGAACGAGAAGGCCUCAUUUUGACCCACCUCCCGUACUCCUGGAGAAACCUCACUAAUGUCACCGUGGAGGUACGACCCAUGGUUGGUUGGGAACAAGAUCAUCCAGGGGCACUCCUGUACAGCACGGGCGGCCCCGAGGAGGACGAGGAGGUGGCGGCUUCGACAGCUACGUCGGCGACCCCGGGUGAUGCCAGGCGACGUACUCCGACAUCCAGCACCAUGACCUUAUCGACCAGGAGGGGCAGGGCCGGCAACACCGAGACCGACAACACGGAUGCUGCACCGUCACCCAAGCAGAAGGCCAACAGCAAGCUGGGGUACUUGAGCCGGACGUCCGUUCGCACACCGAGGGUGGCGCACUCAACAGUGUUGCACUUCGUCACGUUGUUCGGGGCUGUCUACUUUCUCGCCCUGGCGAUUGUGACCGGUGGCUGCCUCGGUUUGGUCCUCCUCUUGAUCCAAGAGGACCACCAGAACCCGAUCUACAGAGCCGUCUGGGUCCCAAGUCCCAGAGAUGUGGCAAGCCUUCAGCCUGGGUUGGACCUCAUCACCAAUGGGGUCCUGGAGCCUCACUCUUUGCUCCAUCGACGAAUGCCGAGGCGAAGUCGAGCGGUGAUAGCCGUUACACUAGGCCUCCUUUACAUGAUCACCCCAGGGGUAGGAAACGAGCUUUCCAUAGAGCAGUUCGCCGUGCCAGUGCCAGAGAUGAUCAGACAACCUGGUACAAAGGCCGACGAAUGCAUCUCAGUGAACUUGGUCACCGUAGAAAUCCUUGUAUGGAUGAAACAGGAGGCUGCACAAGGGCGACCCAUUGAUAUUGCCUGUAUUCAGGAAACGGCCUGGAAGGAGGACUUCGAGUUCUGCACGGCCCAGUCGGACCCACAGGAAGCGCAGUGGUUUACCAUUCACUCGGGUGGCCCCAACAAGACUGGUAUUCUUUGCCUUGUCAGGUCCACUCUACUGCCAGCUGACCGCCUACGACAUGUGGUUGUAGCCCCGGGACGCCUGCUACACGUCCGCCUGCUCUUUGAGACUCCGUUAGACAUCCUUUGUAUCUACCAGGUCGCGUGGAAUCCCGGGAAGGCGACCCUCAACAGCACCAGCCGUGUGGAGGAGCUACUUAAGCAACGAGCCAAGCACUGGAACCUGAUAGAGCAGUGGCUUGCAAGGACUCCGCUACAACACAGUACGGUCUUGAUGGGGGACCUGAACACGCACUUCUUCGUCGAGCGGACUGCAGGGCUCUCAACACAUGGAGAGCGGACCCAGCUGGACUUUGUGAUCGUGAGAGCGUCUCAUGCAGACGCCGAGGCGCGAAAGGCCAUGCCAAGUUCGCCUCCCUUUGAGGAAUGCCCCAAGGCUGGCGAGAAUCGUUCCAAGCAGGGCUGGCAACAGCUAUGUGGUGAUAGCGGGCAGGCCCUGGCUGUCACACCGAUUCCCCAACCGCAGAAUCAGCUUAGCACGGCCUCGAUGGUUAUGCGACUUUGGGAACUCCGCGAGCUCAUCCAGACUGAGGUUGGCAGCGUGCGAGCAUGCUGCAAAAGCUCCAGCGGGAACUCCGGCGACAAGGUCGACUUAAGAAGAUUCGGCUGGAAACGGUUACAGCUGCGAACUCCGGAGGGGCACCUGCAGACGAUUGAGGCAGAAUUCCAGGACAUUGUAUCGUACUACACCCAAUUCUAUGGCGGGCCACCGCCCACCGUGCAGGACCGACUCCUCGAGCCGUUCAACAUCAGACUGGAAGAGGUCACGACUGCUCUGGGCCGACUCUCUCCGGGAAAGGCAAUGCCUUCAACCUCUGCACCUGCUGCUCUAUGGCAGGUGCUGAAGGAACGCCUCGCACCGUAUGUGACGGAUCAGCUUGCAAUGGUGCUGCGUCGGGGGCCCAUCUGCCUUCCACCAGCAUGGUGCCUCAGUGAAUUGAUUCUCCUCCCCAAACCGGGGAAAGCUAUGACAUCUGCCUCUCAGCUGCGCCCGAUAUGCCUUCUUUCUCCGAUUGCGAAGGUCACUGCCUCCAUCCUGGCUGCACGGUUGCAGCCCUAUGCAGCUCGCUUCCUAGAGUCGAUCCCACAAUUUGCCUACCUGGGUGGCCGAUCCCUGCAACAGGCUCUGGAUCGUGUAGUCUCGCAUUGUGCGGAGGUCAGAAGUCUGGUGGCUCAACAAGGACGAAACCCCUUCAUCUACCACCAAGGCCGCGAGACUCUUGCAGUGGCCGGAGGGAUACAACUAUCUCUUGACAUCAGUAAGGCCUAUGACUGUGUUCCAAGAGAAGACCUCCAAUGCAUGCUUCAGGACGCAGGGGUACCGAGUGAUCUCACCUCCUUGAUCAUGGCAAUCCAUCGGCAGGCCGUUUUGCGAGUGCAACACAGCACCCACAGCGCCGACUUGCUGCCCCUCCGUGUUGGACUGAGACAAGGUUGUGGUCUGUCGCCUCUGUUAUGGGCAAUGUUCUCAGGAUGGGUGCUCAAGCGCCUUGAUGGCGAGGGUCCAGGCAAGGUCAACAUAGCUGCGUCCAACACAACAUUUGCGGACGACCUUCACUUUGCAUGGCUCAUCAGGUCUGGCUCGGCUUUGGAACAGGCAUAUGCCAACAUCAAGGCAGUCCUGACCCACUUGGCAGCCCACCAGCUUCAAGUAAGUGUGGAUAAGACGGUGAUCCUCAUUGAUCUUAUAAAGGUAACAAGGCUGCUAUGCUCCUCCGGAAGCGGUCGCUCUACCUCUUCGGAUGCGCUUAUGGCAGGCGUGCGUACCACCGUGACUCAGCUCUUGGUGCAGCAGGCCAGGACGAUCGCCAAGUCCUACAGCAUGUUCACACGGGAAACCAAUGCUAGCUUCAUGGCCCGACUGCAGGUAGUACAUCCUGUGGAUGCCAUCGACAAGGCAUUGAAUGCCAGAGCUCAGUUUGAUGCGUGGCUGUGCCCAGCCCUUCAGCCCGGACAGGCACACCAACACUGGCUCAUCCCUGUCGAUGAAAUUGUUCAUGAGAUCUUUGAGUGCGAACAGUGUGGACAGCAAUUUGCUACUUCAGCAGCAUGCAAAAGGCACCAGUUUCUUACGCACAUGACUGACCUCGAGAAAAAGGACAGACAAGAGGUGAUCAAGGAGUCCUCGCAUAUUGCACCCAUGGAACAUUCCAGGGAUGGCCUACCAUGGUGUAGACACUGCUCCAAGAAAUUCAAUUAUUGGCCCAACUUCUACUACCAUGUAAACUCACGCAGCUGCGAGGGACUUCGUGCAUUUUAUCAGAGUGACAAUCCGGGCCUUGAACUUGCAUCUAUGAGCAGGGCACUCAUUGAGCGGUCUGAUGUGCUUGAGUUCGCUAAGCAGUGCACGUGGUUGGAUCUUGCAGGCCACCCGGCGAUCAGGCAGAACAUUCAACAUUGCCCAGAGUGUUUUCAUUGGGUAGCUACUCCACAAUACAUGAAGCGACACAUGAAAGCCAAACAUCCGGAGCUCGCUCAGCUGAUUGAUGAUUGCACUGACUUUGUGAAAGCCAGCAAUACCGGGGAAAACCCCUGCACUUUGGCAAGCAUGGCGGAGACCAACCUCGCUCAGAAGCAGAUCUCGGAGGCCACCAAGGAACUCAGGCUGAUCGAGUCACUUGCACCGGAGGGCGGACGAGUGGGAACUCCCAACUCCACCGAGGUUUCAGGGCAGGGAGAAGGACGACAGACCAUCGAAGUGGAGGCGCCAGACACCAAAGGGCAGGGAGGCCGCGGAAAAGGCCACAACCAGUUCGCGAAGGACGGGACCUCCGAACCCUCCUGGGGUCCGCCUUUCAGGCGACAACCGGAGGACAACAGGUCGGAGAACCAGCUCACGGAGCUCCAGAGCCUGAGAAACAGUGUGGACCUCUUGACCACACUGGUCUUGCGCCACGACAAUCAGCUGUCGAUCAACGCCAAGGACACCGCAUAUAUGAUUUUUGUCCGCACCGACACCCCAGGGAAUCUGGGGGCGAUCCUCUACGAGGCGGGCAAGGCGUGGAAUGCGAUAAAAUCGGCGACACCGGAAAAGCUGGAGGCACCGAUGCGCAUCAUCCUCAUGCAGAAGUUGCUCACCACGGUCCUGAACAGGUUCACACAACUUCUGGAACCGGGCUCGAAGCAGGACCAGGCCAAGCAGCUCGGGUGGAUGUCCGAGGAUGGGAAGCUCAUGAAUGCCAUGAAGUGCGACAUGUCCUCAACCCACUCCUCCCGGCGGGCGGUGAAUCGUUUUCAUGCCACGCGGGACAUGGCGGAGACCUAUGCCUCGCCCACCCUUUCCUUCAUGCUGGACGUGGGACUACGGACCAAGGAGGCCGGUCUGAUGUGGCAGCACAUGAACCUUCUUGCUCACUCCUCGGCACUCUCGCCUGCAACGGAGCCCCCUGGCCCACAAGGUUGCACAGAUGCAGACGAAAGGGCGCAGUCGUGGCGGACGAGGUGGGCACCAGGACGCAUAGAUCAGGUCUUGAACUCGCGCUUCAACAAUCGGGGAAAUCACUGCUACACGAAUGCCCUGCUCAAAGGCCUCCUGUUCCUGGAUGCUCGAGGGUGUCGUGGUAGUGUCAUUCCGGCACAACUUUGCAACAUCAUGGAGGGGUUUCUCGCUGAUGGCAGAGCUGUUACCGUAUGGGAUAACCCAUUUUGGCGGUCCAUGUUCAGGAAUUGGCAGGCUCCCGAUAGGCAGCAUGAUGUUGCUGAGUUGUUACUUGUCAUGGGUGAGCGAUGCCCUGCCCUACUCCAGAACAUUGGCAUUGCCUGGGAAGCCAGGGCACAGACCCUGGAGGGGUUUCAAGUCCUGGAAGCAGGAUGUUCCAUGCCGCUUGGGCUCAGCCCCUUAGCGGCCCUCACGAGUGGGGUUCAUGAUAGGACUUCUGUUCAGUGCCUUGUGGACUUCUGGUCACAACAAGAGGGGCUGCAAGCGGCAACGUUUUCACCGGGGGCUUUAGCUUUACAGAUCGGCCGUUUCAAAACUGACGAACAAGGUCGUAGAGUACACAAGUGGGGAUUCCAUGUGGUCCCAGGUCGCUCUCUUCGUUUCCCAGUGUUCAGUGGUGAUAUGGUGGUUCGCGGUGUGGAGUAUACGCCUUGUUCUAUUGUUAUACACUUGGGAAACACUCCAGACACGGGGCACUAUCAGGCAAUCUUGCUUGAUGAGCGCAGUGACAAGUUUUUGAUGGCCGAUGAUGGCCAACGUGCGAGGCCUUGCUCUGAAGCUGAGUUGAACAGUGUUUACACCAAUUCGUAUUUGUUCUUUUACAAACGAGCAGACGAGCCCGCGUGA